AUGGGGGAGGGGGCCGGCGGUCCCCGGAGCGGGCGGGGGAGAGGAGGGGGGCGAGGGGAGAGAAGCAGCAGAGUCACUUCACCGACCAGACGCCGCGGCCACCGCCGACGCCGCCGCCAUUUUAAUAGAGCGUUCGGGCUGCGCUCGGCUCUUUCCGCUCGGGCGAAGGACCUGACGAGAAGCGCCUCGCGCUCUCAUUCCUCCGCCUCCCGCCCUCUCUUCGCCUCCCGCCCUCCCACCUCUCCCUCCGCACACACGCCGCACGCCCCACACCCCGCCGCGGCCGGCUCGCCGCCCUCCCUUUCCUCUUCCGUCCGGCCUCCCCGCCCUCGGUCCACCCCCUCCACGCGCUCGCCCACCCCGCCCAGCCCGGAUCUCUGUCAGCGGCCGGAAGGGAAACACGAAGCCAGCGCGGCCGCGGGGGGAGUCCGGGUGAUCCUCGGGAGCUGUAGAGCUAUUGUGCCAUCAUCUUCCCUUCUGCGCUAUAAAACUUGGGUUUCUGCAGACUUGACUGGAUCCUGUAGCAGACAUUGUCCAUCCAACAUCCGCUCCCGCCCGCCCCUCUUCUUCCUUGCCAAAUCCAAGUUUGUCUUUUUUCAGGUGGCAGCUGAGAGACCUUCCUCUCAGGAAGGAAAGCCCCAAGAAAUAUUUAUGAUUGCUUUAAAACCAAUCAUGGCGGGCCGGCCCCGUGGCUUCGCGGUUAAGUGGGCGCCCUCCGCCGCUGGCUGGCCCGGGUUUGGAGCCUGGGCGCGCGCGCUGAGGCCGCGUCCCAUGUUUUUACACAUUGGGGCAAUGCCUUAUAGUAAUGAAUUUGGAAACAUGGAAGUUGAAGAUUUAGAAAUUGAUGCCCUUAAAGCUUUCCAUGUUUGUGGUCCUUUGGAAAGUGUUCACAUAACCCAGUAUGUGUACCCUAGUCUGAAAACCACUGCUCUGAAAUAUCUGCAUUGCUGCCUAAUUGAGGCAUAA